GGCGGGGGUUAUUUAAGCGCUGGGAUCGGCAGACAGCACUGACACUUGGUGACAGGCGCGAUGCUGGCAGCCGGCUGUGUAGCCAUGUGCCUCGCUGUGGCAGUUACUGCCACCAUUUCUUUACCAGAAAUCUCUUCAGCUGUGCCACCAAACAGUCACCCGCGGGUAAAGAGAUGCUCCUGCAAUAACUGGAUGGACAAGGAGUGUAUAUACUUUUGUCACCUGGAUAUUAUUUGGGUGAACACAGGAAGCCAAAUGCUACCUUAUGGCCUAGGGAGCCCAGGAAGGCGCAGGAAGAGAGCGUCGGCACGAUGUCAGUGCGGGAAGGCAAAGGACAGAACUUGCAGUCGUUUCUGCCAGAAUACAACUUGGGCCACUGCUGAUAGUAAACUAAGAUCAAGUAAGGAAAUAAGCCCAGCAAACAAAUUCUUAAACAUGAAGUCUCAAGUCCGUCUUUUGCGUGCGUUCCGAGAUGUUGCUUCAUACAACACACAAGUUGCAUAUUUUGGAAAGCAAUUCUCCACCAAUGCCUCUAAGUUACCAUCAGACUCUAAAGCUUGGAAAAGAAAAAGCUAAGAAAGUGACGGGCAAUGAAAGCUAGAGGAAAGAGAAGGGGAGUCUUGCUACUAGUGCUCCUAAGCAAUAGAGGCAUCUCUAUACCUCAGGGAGUUUUCAUGCAGGAACUCGGGCUGUUCAGCCAAUUGAAAAGAGCAGAUCAAAGAUUUCCAGUGAUAAAGAAAGCAAUUUAAACCUAAACGGUGAAGUGUUCUACUUAGAAAUUGCAUAUUGUACUGGAUUUAAAGGAGAUAAGAAAGGAAGACAGAAACUUUUGGGCUCCUAGUUGAAUGGCUCCUUCAUCCUUAUCAUUGGGCAAAAGAGAGGACAAGUCAAGUGGUAUUGAAUAUUACUGAGCCUAAAGGAAGCAAAGCUCUGAAAAUCUAUUGUAGCAUUAUUGUCUCUGUGUACGUAGGGACCAGUGUGAGGUCAGCAUCAUGAUGGUAAUAUUUUUGAAACUAAUGACUGGCUGACUCAAUACUGACUUAUUAUAGUAUACCAUGGAGAGUAUUGAAUCAAUUGUAUAGA